AUGGGGGCGUUCUUGAGCUCCGCCGCCAGCAAGGACCAGCAGUGGGAGCACGACGAAGCUCCACGACCAGAUUCCUCCAAGAAGAUGCGGGUUUCGAUCCCUCUCUGCAGCCACGGCCACCCGAGGCUGAUCCCGGGGCUCCCGGAUGAGAUCUCUCUGCAAAUCCUCGCGAGGAUGCCGCGGAUGGGGUACCUGAAGGCCAAGAUGGUCUCCCAGAGCUGGAAGGCGGCGGUAACCGGCGCAGAGCUGUACCGGCUGAGGAAGGAGCUUGGCGUGGCCGAAGAGUGGCUGUACAUACUGAUGAAGAUGGCAGAUGAUCAGAAGCUGGUUUGGCACGCUUUCGAUCCGGUUAGCAACCAAUGGCAGAGGCUGCCACUCAUGCCUGGGAUCAGUCAUAGCAGAGUCUAUGGGUUGGGCUUGGGGGAUCUGGUGAGCGCUGGCAUAAGGAUCUUUGACAUUAUCAGAGGCUGGCUUGGUCAGAAGGAAUUGUUAGGCAGUAUACCAUUCUGUGGCUGUGCCGUCGGCACUGCUGAUGGCUGCCUCUAUGUUUUGGGUGGGUUCUCUAGAGCUUCCACAAUGAAAUGCGUGUGGAGGUAUGAUCCCUCUGUCAAUUCAUGGCAGGAGGUGAGCCCGAUGAGCACCGGGCGUGCCUUUUGCAAGACUAGCCUGUUGAACAGCAAGCUGUAUGUUGUUGGUGGUGUGAGCAAAGGCAAGAAUGGGUUAGCUCCGCUGAAAUCCGCUGAAGUGUUUGACCCGGCAACUGGGGUUUGGGCUGAGGUGCCAGAUAUGUUAUUCUCCAAAUCGCAAGCUCUACCGAUGGCCUUAGCUGAUCUACUGAAGCCUAUUGCUACCGGAGUGACCUCAUACAGAGGGAAGCUGUAUGUUCCUCAGAGCCUUUAUUCCUGGCCCUUUGCUGUUGAUGUUGGUGGAGAGAUCUUUGAUCCUGAGACAAAUUCAUGGGAACAAAUGCCUACGGGCAUGGGUGAAGGUUGGCCUGCAAGGCAGGCUGGAACGAAAUUGAGUGCUGUUGUAGAUGGCAAUCUGUAUGCCUUGGAGCCAGCAACUUCUUCUGGCAGUGCCAAGAUAAAGAUGUACGAUGCUCAAGAGGAUACUUGGAAGGUUGCUGUAAGCCAGGUACCUGUUGGGGCCUUUGCCGAGUCAGACAGUCCUUACUUGCUUGUUGGAUUUCUUGGAAAGCUCCAUUUGAUCAUCAAGGAUGCGGGUAGCAGAAUCGAUGUCAUGCAAACGGACUCUCUGAAACCAAUGGAUUCACCAGCCCUUUUGACUGGCAUAACAUGCCAAGUCCCAGAUGUCUCCUUGGAACAAGCAGAUGUUUGGAAAGCCAUUGCGUCGAAAAGUAUCACAACUGCUGAACUUGUCAGCUGUCAGGUUCUUAGCAUUUGA